AUGAGAAACACCCUCGUCAGCCACUUUGGCAAGCGGCCGACACUACCGCCACGAUCUCAUCUCUCAUCUCGCGUCCGACCACAGGGGAAUCGAUCCACCAGCUCAUCACCCAAGCCAGAACCGACUCCGGAGAAGAAAACUCCCCCCUCAUCUACACAUUCCUCCCUUUCCUCCACCCCGCCUGCAGUCCCCACCGGUGCCAGAUCUCGAUCGCUGCGCGACGUUAUCCUGGAGGGUCCUCUUGGCAAGCUUGGCCGAUCAUAUUCGCGGAUCCAGGAACGACGACCCUAUGCGACGCAGUUCUGGAGCUCGAUCGUCGUAUACCUAUGCGGGGACCUGAGCGCGCAGUUAAUGUUCCCGUCGGACAGCAAGUCGAUCAAGGAAACAGUUCAAGAAAACUCAGAACCAGGGGGUGAGGACAAUGCUGCUACGACUUCCGGAGGAUAUGACCCGUGGAGGACAUUGCGGCACUUGACAGUGGGCGCGGGAUCAAGUAUCCCGUCCUAUAAUUGGUUCAUGUUCCUCCACAACCACUUCAACUUCGCAUCCAAGUUCCUCUCGAUCCUCACCAAGGUCGUCGUGCAACAGGCCCUCUUCACACCCGUAUUUAACACCUACUUCUUCAGCGUCCACUCCCUUCUUUCAGGCGCGACUAUAGAGGAGACCUGGGAGCGCCUGAAGAAGGCUCUCCCCGUGAGUAUAACGAACAGCGCGAAGCUGUGGCCCGCGGUCACGGCGUUCAGCUUCAUGUACGUGGCGCCUCAGUUCCGGAAUAUAUUCUCUGGGGUUAUUGCGGUCGGGUGGCAGACAUAUCUGAGUUGGUUGAAUCAGAAGGCGGCGCGAGAAGUCGAGGCGAAAGAGCUGGCUGAGGAGGCAGCUUCGCAGAUUGGUAUUGGGUCGUCUGCGACGCUGAAAGCGUAA